AUGGCGGGCAUCAGGUUUGCUGCGACAGGAGCCUUCUUCGCCGCUGUGGGCUACUUUUCUGUCGAUAGAUUUAUAAACAGCGCCUCAUGGUGGGCGCUGUUGCGCUCUAGUGGAGAGGCCUCCGCUGAGGAUGGUGGCAGUGGCGGAUGUAUCCGCCGCCGGCUCGGAAGUGCAGGAAGCGUUUGGCAGCGUUUCAACCAGUACUCAACACCCGGUGCUGCAGGGGUCCAAGUGCUGCGUUUUCUUGACUUUGUGGCGUGUGUCUGCCUCUUGGAUGAAGAGGACAGGCAACGUCUCCACAGCCGUCUGUGUGGUGCUCCAACUGAAGGACGAGAGGACCUUUGUAGCCUCUUCAAACUCGUAGAUACGAAUGCAAGUGGGACGAUUACGUAUGAUGAGUUUUGUGUGCUCAUCACACUUCUGUCGGCAUGCCAAAGACAUUUGAAGAUAGCGUUUGGUGCUUUUGACGUAACGGAAGAGGAUUCCCUCUCGAGGGAUGGAUUUAGACGCAUAAUAAAUACACUCAUGGUCGAUCCAACUGUUCAGAUCGUUGAGAGGACGGGUCAUGAGAGUGAUGUGCACUCACAUGGAGGUGGGAGACGCGAUGGGGGUUUGACCAGUAGUGAGUUUCUCUCAUCAAAUCUCGUUAAGCUCUUUUUCGGCGUGGAUGAAGAUGCACGAAUUUCGUUCGACGACUUUUGGACAGUGGUUAGAAGAAUCCAGUGGAUGGUAAGGAGGGUUGAGUUUCAGCUGUAUGACACACAAAACACCGGUAGAAUAAAACUUCACCAGCUUCAAAAGAUAUUAUUUCCCGACAGGUACUGCUCAACUCAAUGUGAGGAGGGGCAUAGCGAUGAAGAAAGUCGUUACGUCAGCAGUCGCUUAAACUGUUUAAAAGAUAAAUUUGUUAGCUGGGACCUGUACAUGAAGGUUUUUGAUGUGCUCUGCGAGACGGAGAGUAUUGUGCGUGGGAUGAAUCUCGCCUUAAAUGCCAGAGACCCGGAAGGGCGGAAUGACCAUACAUCCUGUCUUUGUCAUCGUGACGACAGUAUGACUCCUAUUGUAUCGGUACUUGCGGAUACGGCAGCAGGGCUCACCACGUCUCACUCAGGUAGGGAUCGUGAACUUGAUUAUGUCGAGUUCCACCGAGUGUUGCAGAGCUGCGACCAUCUGAAACACUUGACUAAAAGUGAUGCGGAGGAGAUUGUUGAGAUAUUUGAUAUUGACGGAUCGGGGAAGUUAUCGCCCGAUGAGUUUGGGAAGAUGAGUAGAAUGUGUACUUCCUUUUUUAUGCGGUCCACGCCCCUUUUCUUGGAACCCCGGAGAAAUACCAUUCAGAGGUUCGUUUAUUGCAUGCAACAGCUCAGGUGA